CGAAGUAUAUGUUUGUACCACAUGUAGCAACGAGUGUAACGAUUAAUGUUCUUACUCAUUAAUAAAAUGACCAAAAUUCUUGAGCAUUCUUGAAACUUUGAGUUUUUUUAAUAAAAAUAAAUUUGGAUUCUUAUGCUUCAUUUAUUCUUAUAGAACUUUGUGUUGCUAUAUGAAUUACAUUUGUUUCAUUAUUUAUUUAUUUAUUUAUUUAUUUAUUUAUUUAUUUAUUUAUUUAUUUAUUUAUUUAUUUAUUUAUUUAUUUAUUUAUUUAUUUAUUUAUUUAUUUAUUUAUUUAUUGUUCCUUAACAUACUUUGUAUUAUACAAAGGAAAUUACUCAGGUUAGGAUUAAAACAUAGCAUUCUUCUUAAAGUAUGAUCAUAUGUUUAAUUUUCCUUAAAUAUGACUAAAUAUUACAUAUUCACCCCUAAUUUAAUUAGAUAAUUAAUAUAAUUAAUUAUCCCUAGUUCCCUUGCAUAACCAAAUCGAUUUUUUGGUGGCGGAUCAGUCCGAUGACGACAGCGGGGAACUCCGAUGACGGAGGCGGGCGAGCAGAUCGGUAGCGGCGAUCUAGGUGAUAAUUUUGACGACCAGCAGUGACAGUCUACAUUUAAAAGUUUAUGGACUUUUUGAAAAUCAAUAAACUUAUCCAUGAAUUUAAAAGUUCAUAGAAUUCAUUCAUAACAAAGUCUAUGGAUUUAAAAGUCUACGGAUUAAAAAUAGUGCACCACAAUCCAUAUUCAAUACAUCCUAUUUAAUCUUAUUAGUCAUAUGUACUGACCACAAUAGAAUAACAUAUUUUUACUUGUUGCCAAAUAUUUUCAAUAUAAAUAUCACCUUCCAACGUGUGGAAAGAGAUAUUACUCCGCCAAAUUUUUUACUUACGAAGCUGCUUAAUUGGUUAUCAUACAAUGGUAUUAUGAUAUAUAUAAAUAUAUAAUCAUAAUGAUGUUGUAAAGAAGAUAACUGAGUAAUCCUAUUUUGGUAUAGAUAGAUCAUAAAUGUCAAGAUUUGUUACUUUCGGUUUAGGACGAUUAAUUAUGCUCGUCGGUUUGUGAAGCGAGUUUUUUUUUUAAUUAUGCAAUUUUAUUUUAUAAUUUCGUGUGCAGGUGCAAUUGCCAGUUGUAACACAGCUUCUUUAGGCAGUAGUAGGUUAGCAUCUGGCAGGGAUUGGUCUCAGCUUACAAAUCUAGAUUUCCUUUUUGGGUUUUUCAUUUUCUGAUAAUGAUAGUUGCGACUGUGAAUUAGCUAUAGCUAGGAGUAGUAGUGCCUUUACCUCCCCACCCCCUUGCCGGUCGGUGUUUGAGUUUGCUUCGGUGAUAGCGGCGCGGACUCCCGGCCGUUGUUCUUGAGAGCGGGGUGGAAGAGAUCUGUGCUCUGCUUUAGAAAUGGGGCACUGUGCAGCAGUCUGGGAUCCCAGAGCUGCAAUUCAAGUUACAAAGGAUUUGAAUGGGAUCGAUCAGGUUGUGCUCCGUACUCCCCAUGGGGCCUCUGCCAGGGUGAGCUUGAACGGAGGACAGAUUACUUCAUGGCGGAAUGCUAGGGGCGAGGAACUCCUAUUCACCAGUAGCAAGGCAAUAAAGUCGCCAAAAGCUUUAAGAGGAGGAAUCUGUAUUUGCUUUCCCCAGUUUGGCAAUGGUGGUUCACUUGAGAAUCAUGGGUUUGCAAGAAACAAACUUUGGACAAUAGAUAAUCAUCCUCCAUCUCUGCAUGCAUUUGAUGCUCAUGGAAAAUCUUUCAUUGACUUACUACUAAGACCAUCGGAAGAAGAUUUGAAAUUUUGGCCUCACAGCUUUGAGCUCCGCCUCAGGGUUUCUCUAGCAUCGGAUGGAAAUCUCACAGUGAUAUCUCGUAUUAGAAACAUCAAUGGAAAAGCAUUCAGUUUCUCAUUUGCUUGUCAUACAUAUUUGUCUAUCUCUGAUAUAAGUGAAGUAAGGAUUGAAGGGUUAGAAACACUGGACUAUCUUGACAAUCUCUGCCAUAGAGAACGUUUCACAGAACAAGGAGAUGCAAUAACAUUCGAGUGCGAGCUUGAUCGUGUAUAUGUUGGCACUCCAAACUCUAUUGCCGUGCUUGAUCAUGAAAGGAAACAAACAUAUCUAGUAAAGAAAGAUGGACUUCCUGAUAUUGCGGUGUGGAAUCCAUGGGAGAAGAAAUCCAAGGCAAUGGCAGAUUUUGGUGAUGAAGAGUACAAACAAAUGCUCUGCGUUGAUGCUGCAGCAAUAGAGAAACCUGUCACAUUAAAACCGGGAGAGGAAUGGACAAGCCGUGUAGCCCUUGUGGUUGUGCCAUCCACCUUCUGCGGAGAUGACCUUUAAUGAGUCAAAAAGGAAGAAGCAAGUGUCAUGUUUUAGGGGUGAUUCAGAAAGACUGGCAACAUAAAGCGUAUCUUGGUGUCUGCUCUUGCAGUUUAUUUAGAGCAAUGGUAAUACGAAAAGGCUUAGUAAUGCCUCUAGGUAAUAAUAUAUGUGUGUGUAGUCAAAGGAAGAGAUCCACAGUGUUGUUUCAGUGCGGUGCUACAUGUUAUAUGAAGUUGUACUUUUAUCUGUUGGGACUUCAUAACUCAUGUGGCAUCUUGUCAGCCCCCCCCCCCCCCCCCCCUACCCUAUGUCGAUCCUGGGAACCCAUCGGGAACAGGGUGCAUUCUACUUUCUUAGAGUGUCAGUUGUAGAACAGGAAAGCCUAAGGUUUUUAUGUUGGCUUCAUUUCACUUGGUUAUUUCAGUUAUAGACUUGCUUCGUUUAAUCUUGAAAACGAUUUUAUUGGCCCAAAAACUCUUAGGGGCUGUUUUCCUUUUUCAUGUUUCCUGUUUGUAUUGAAUAAUAUGACUAUGCCGAAAAGAAAACAGACAGUUGGACCUAAAAGUGGGCAAUUGUUUGAUGGCAAAUGGUGC